GGCGCGAGAGCUUUGCCCGAUCCAACCAGCAACUAACAAGCAUACUGCGCCAAUUCGGAACUUUGCUUGUGUCACCAUGCCAGACACACAACGCAACCCCAACAAGGUCAACCAGACAAAUCAGCAGAAGCUACGAAACUGCACGGCAGCCUCCUUGCUCGUGCGCCUUGUCAUUACUGCACAUGACAAGAAAAGUGGUGCUAAAGAGAGCAAGCGGGACUGAAGGGGAGAGAGAGACUGAGAGAGAGGGAGCUAGCAACAAUGGCGGCACCUACUGUGCUCGCCUUCCUUCCGCUUCCGCUUCUGCUUCUCGCAGCCUUCUCAUCAGCAUCAGCCUCAGCGCACCCCAACUCUUUCCGGCCAAUCGUUCCCCUGCGUCUCCAGGCUCUUCUGCAGCAGCAGCAGCGGCGGCGAGCGAGCUCGGACGCCAAGCUCGUCUCCGCGGCCGCCGACGGCACCAACAGCACGGCGCAGCCGUUCACGACGCACUACUUUCCCCAGGAGCUGGACCACUUCACCUUUACGCCCAACGCGUCGAUGCUCUUCCGCCAGAAGUACCUCGUCAACGACACCUUCUGGCGGAGGCCCCGCCGCGGCGGCGGCGGCGGCGCCGGGCCGCUGUUCGUGUACACGGGCAACGAGGGCGACAUCGAGUGGUUCGCCACCAACACCGGGUUCAUGUUCGACAUCGCGCCCAAGUUCGGUGCCCUUCUCGUCUUUAUCGAGCAUCGGUUCUACGGCGAGUCACUGCCGUUUGGGGACGACUCCUACAGCUCAGCGGAGACGGAGGGUUACUUGACGUCGACGCAGGCGCUCGCCGACUUCGCCAUCCUCAUCACCGGUCUUAAGCGAAACCUCUCGGCGGAGACCGCGCCUGUAGUCGUCUUCGGCGGCUCCUAUGGCGGCAUGCUGGCUUCUUGGUUCAGGCUCAAGUACCCCCAUGUCGCCAUAGGGGCCCUGGCAUCCUCUGCGCCAAUCCUACAGUUCGACCACAUAACGCCAUGGAACAGCUUCAGUGAUGCCGUCUCACAGGACUACAAGUCCGAGAGCUUGAACUGCUUCAGUGUGAUCAAGGCAGCCUGGGACGUGCUCGAUGAGAGGGGAUCCACUGACACAGGGCUCCUGGAGCUCAGUAAACUGUUCAGAGCCUGCAAGAGCGUCAAGCACGCUGAUUCGAUUGCAGGCUGGCUACAGACGGCAUUCACCUACACUGCCAUGGUGGACUAUCCAACACCGGCCAACUUCCUGAUGGAUUUGCCUGCCUACCCCGUCAAGGAGAUGUGCAAGAUCAUCGACGGGUUCCCGGCAGGCGCCGACAUCCUGGAAAAGGUGUUCGCGGCGGCGAACCUGUACUACAACUACACAGGAGACCAGGCCUGCAACCAGAUCGAGUCUGAUUCUGACGACAGCUCCAGUUCUCUUGGGCUCAGUGGCUGGGGGUGGCAGGCUUGCACAGAGAUGAUCAUGCCGAUGUCGACCUCAAACGCCAGCAUGUUCCCGCCAUCCAGCUUCAGCUACGAGGACACGUCCAAUGCCUGCUUCCAGUCGACCGGGGUCCGGCCCAGGCCGCACUGGAUCACCACUGAAUACGGCGGAUAUAGAAUCGACAAGGUGCUCAAGAGGUUCGGGAGCAACAUCAUCUUCUCCAACGGAAUGCGAGACCCGUGGAGCCGAGGCGGGGUCCUCAAGAACAUCUCGUCCAGCAUCGUCGCCCUUGUCACGGAGAAAGGGGCGCAUCAUCUGGACCUCAGAUUCGCGACCGAUGAGGAUCCGGACUGGGUUACAGAACAGAGGAGGCAAGAAGUUGAGAUCAUAGAGGGAUGGAUAGACCAGUAUCAUCGAGACAUGGCGCAAGUAUCCUAAAGGAGUAAAGGUGCUGUGUUGCAGAUUUACAGUUACAGUCAAGACAAGUUCACGUCUGGUCUAUGAAAAAGAAAACAUAAAAAGGAAAAGUUCCUUUAUAGCGCACAGGACAAUCACAGGGACAUUAAGAUGAUAAAAGGUGAAAAGCCAGUCCAAUUGUUUCACUUAUCAACAUAAGCUGUAAAACUUGAACACUCUUGGACGAAUCAUGAAUGAAUUGUUACACGAUGCUCAGUGUUUUUCCCCC